AUGGUGGAAGACUGGGUCUUCACUGGAAUUCAGUUGUGGAAUUUAAGGACCAAGGCUCACUUCAGCUGUGAGCUGGAGCUGGAAGUGUUUUUGGACAUCAACCUGGUGUCCCAGAUCAAUGAAGGAACCAAGGUAAUGGCCAGCCUUGGCCACAUGAGGUGGCGUCUGCUGUGCCAGGUCUUUUCAGUGGACGAGGAGGAAGGAGGAGGAGUUAGGUCAGCUGUAUCCAGCAGUGGCUCUAGCCAUUGUUAG